AAGAAAUCAUCAGGUUGUCUCCCCCGCCCCGCCCCGCCCGUGUAGCCACCCGUUUUCUCGCGCCGCCCUCUCCUCCGCUCCUUUUAUAUAAGGAAACCCUAGAAACCACAUUUCUCUUCGAAACCCUAAUUCUGAAACUGGGGAAGCACAAGGAGACAACCAGCCAUGUGUCGUUCGACGACGACGAACAAUGCCGAGCUCCCCUCGUACCCCGAGGAUCGCGAUCGCCUUAAGAUUCGCGCCUUCUGCCUGCGCCUCUGGGUUCUUGAGGACUUCCAUGGCGCGGGCGGGGGCGGAGGGCGGAGGGCCGUUCCGCCGCGUGCGCGCGGGGGAGCCCGGGUUGCUGUUCGCCAGCACGGACCGGGUCCGGUUGGGGGACGGGGCGCGGUUCGAGGCGUACGCGGGGGAGGAGAAGGUGGUGAGCGGGGUGUUCCGGCUGGCCGGCGGCGGAGGACCGGGGUGGAGGACGGAGUGCCGGGGAUGCGAGGAGGCCGUGGCGGCGGAGGUGUGGGUGGUGGGGGAGAGCGGGGCGGUGUUGAGGGAGAGGGUGGAGAUCGCGGCGGAGGAGAAGGGGAGGAGGAGGCGGAGGACGACGCUAGGGUUAGGGUUUCGCUCGAAGUUGGAGGAGAUACCGGAGGAAUCGGACGGCUGUAAGGGCGGGGCAGAUGAUCAGGAGGAGGAGGAGGAGGGGAGGAGGAGUGAUUCGGAGGUGGUGGGAUCGGACGGCUGGGAUCGGAGGGAGGAGGAGGGGAUAGAGGGUGGGGAUCGGGGGUUGGAGAUGGAGAUGGAGGGGGUGAGGUGGGCGGUGGACGUGGGGAUAUGGGUGGUGUGUUUAGGGGUGGGGCUCUUGGUUUCAAGAGCUUCCGCCAGGAGUUUUAGCCGGAAAAGGCUUUUUUGA